UGAAACCGAACUGCUGCAUGCCGCAACUGGAAUUAUCUUUGAGAAAGAAGCCCAUUAUAGCGCAUUGAGACCAUCAAAACGUUAUUUCAGCGCUAAGGCGACAUGGAGUUGGAACAUUUUGACGAACGGGACAAAGCGCAGAGGUACAACCGCGGGGGCUCCCGGGCAAACGGCCUGCCCAGUCCUACGCACAGCGCACAUUGUAGUCUGUACCGUACCCGCACCCUCCAAGCGCUGAGUUCAGAGAAGAAAGCUAAGAAGGUCCGCUUCUACCGCAAUGGGGACAAGUACUUCAAGGGAAUUGUGUAUGCCAUAUCCCAGGACCGAUUCAGGUCUUUCGAAGCCCUGCUAGCUGACCUCACACGCUCUUUAUCCGACAAUGUGAACUUGCCACAGGGGGUCCGCACAAUAUAUUCCAUUGAUGGGAUAGAGAAGAUCACCAGUAUGGAUCAGCUAGAGGAGGGUGAGAGCUACGUGUGUGGCUCCAUAGAGCCUUACAAGACGCUGGAGUACACGAAGAAUGUAAACCCCAACUGGUCGGUCAACGUGAAGACGGCCGUGGCUGCCCGCGCGCCCACUUCUCUGGCCAGUGCCAGCGCCAAGGCCAGCUCCCUGGAGGGCAGGGAGUCGCGCGACUACAUCCGGCCGAAGCUGGUGACUAUCAUCCGCAGCGGCGUGAAGCCGCGCAAGGCCGUGCGCAUCCUGCUGAACAAGAAGACGGCGCACUCCUUCGAGCAGGUGCUCACGGACAUCACGGAGGCGGUCAAGCUGGACUCGGGCGUGGUCAAGCGGCUCUACACCGUGGACGGGAAAAUGUUGACGUGCCUUCAAGAUUUCUUUGGCGAUGAUGACAUCUUCAUUGCCUGCGGGCCUGAGAAGUUCCGCUACCAGGAUGACUUCCUGCUGGAUGAGAGUGAGUGCCGUGUGGUGAAGUCCACAUCCUAUGGGCGCAUCUCGUCCAUGCAGGGUCGCUGCUCGCCCCGGAGCGCUGGGCCGUCGCGCAGGAGCAAGUCCCCCGCCUCCACUGGCUCAGCCAAUGGCACGGCAGGUAGUCAGCUGUCCACUCCGCGGUCAGGAAAGUCUCCUAGUCCUUCCCCUACCAGCCCCGCCAGCCUCAGAAGACGCCGGGGCUCCCAGCACAGUGGCUCAUCUCUCUCACUGGCCUCCACUAAGGUGUGCAGCUCCAUGGAUGACGGGGAUGGCCCCGGCACUGAGCUUGUCGAGGAGUACCCCCAGGUCCCCGCCACCAUCGCUGAGAGGUACAAAGUGGGCCGGACACUAGGGGACGGGAACUUUGCGGUGGUGCGCGAGUGUGUGGAGAGGUCCACGGGGAGAGAGUACGCCCUGAAGAUCAUCAACAAGAGCAAGUGCAGGGGGAAGGAACACAUGAUCCAGAAUGAGGUGGCCAUCCUGAGACGAGUGAAGCACCCCAACAUCGUUCUCCUCAUCGAGGAGAUGGACACCUACAGCGAGCUGUACCUCGUCAUGGAGUUGGUCAAGGGUGGAGAUCUUUUUGAUGCCAUCACAUCAUCCAAUAAGUACACGGAGAGAGAUGCCAGCGGCAUGCUGUACAACCUGGUCAGCGCCAUCAAAUACCUGCACACCCUCAACAUUGUGCACCGAGACAUCAAGCCAGAGAACCUGCUGGUAUAUGAGCACCUAGAUGGUAGCAAGUCCCUGAAGUUGGGAGACUUUGGUCUGGCUACAGUUGUGGAAGGACCUCUCUACACUGUGUGUGGGACUCCCACAUAUGUAGCACCAGAGAUCAUCGCUGAGACUGGCUAUGGUCUAAAAGUAGACAUCUGGGCGGCCGGCGUCAUCACAUACAUUCUCCUGUGUGGAUUUCCUCCUUUCCGAGGAAGCACAGAUGACCAGGAAGCUCUCUUUGACCAGAUUCUUAUGGGUCAGCUAGACUUCCCUCUGCCCUACUGGGACAACGUCUCAGACACAGCCAAGGAGUUGAUUGCCGCUAUGCUUCAAGUGGGAGUGGAGCAGCGGUACUCUGCUCUGCAGGUGCUCGACCACCCCUGGGUCAACGAUGAUGGCUUGUCAGAGAAUGACCACCAGUUGUCAGUGGCUGGCAAGAUCAAGAAGCACUUCAACACCGGCCCAAAGCCCGACAACACCACUGCAGGCGUGGCUGUUAUAACAACCACCGCUCUUGAUAAGGAGGGGCAGGUUUUCCGACGAAGACGCCACCAGGAUGUGAAGUCCCCAGCGCUGUCGAUCGCUCCGCCCCGGGCCCCCCAGCCCCGCCUCUCCCCUGCCCGCGUCCCCGCCAGCCUCUCCCCGGCCGAGUUCACCUCCGAGUCCGAGGACUACUCCCCCAGCUCCGCCGAGACCGUCCGCUCACCGACCUCGCCCUUCUAA